UACUUGCCAUGCAUAUGAUACGUCUCUGAAUUCUCGCGUAAUAGGACACAUUUCUAUUUAACCUGCCAACCCCUCAUUUGGUUGAGUUAUACUCAAAAACAGCAGAGGAAGUCUGAAUAUCGACAGCCCUAAUGGCUAACGCUCCAAAAGACUACGUUAUAAUCGGCGGGGGGCUAGCUGGGUGCGCACUCGCCCGUCGGCUUUACGACAAGGAUAACUCCCUCAAUAUCUUGAUUAUCGAAGCCGGAGUCAACGCUGCCCACCAUCCUCUCGCCAAUUCCCCUCUUGCAUCUUUUGGGGCCCAUUAUUCCCCACUGGACUGGGCCUAUACAACGGUGCCGCAGGCCGGUCUGGACGGCCGCCAAUGUUACAACAGCGCAGGCAAAGCCCUUGGAGGCGGCUCUGUCACGAACUACGGUACAUGGACUCGCGGAAAUGCCGCCGAUUAUGAUCUCUGGGGCAAGCUGGUCGGCGACGAGAGCUGGGGCUAUUACGGCCUGCUACCAUACUUCAAGAAGACAGAGACGUACUACGGUGCUAACGCCGAUCCUGUUUCGCAUGGUACGGGUGGACCUAUACAUAAUGCUUCCGUCUCAUCGAGCAGUCCUGACCGCCGGUACUCCCUGCGAGAACCCCUGCGGGCUGCUUGGGCCAGACUCGGUGUGGAGUAUGUCCAGGAUGCAAAUGCUGGAUCGCCGAAGGGACUAGGCGAGUUAGUUGAGAACUGGCGUGGAGGACAGCGCCAAAUCUCCAGUGAAGCUUAUGGCAUAUCUCAUUGCCACGGUAUCACGGUCAUGACUGAGACCAUGGUGAAGCGGAUUCUCCUCGAGGAGCGUGAUGGUAAGAAAGUGGCAGCAGGGGUUGAGGUGGUAGGGGGAGAAAAAUACUUCGCAUCGCGAGAGGUUAUUGUCUCGGCUGGUGCGUAUCGCACACCACAGGUUCUAAUGCUCUCCGGAAUUGGGCCAGCGGAUGAACUUGCGAAGCAUGGUAUCACGCAACUAGUUGAUGCCCCGGAAGUCGGUUACAAUUUCCAUGACCACUUCUCCUUCAUACAGUGGUGGAAACUUCGACAUCCAGAGAAAGGGCAAUCUAUCGGCACUCCACUAUGGAAUAGCCCUGCUUAUACUCUGGGACUUCCUUGCGAUUGGAAUGCGACCGUGCAAGCCCCUCGUGAGGUGCUAGUUCAGGCUUUGAAGGUUGACGGUGAGAAUGAGUCAGCUCUCAAAGCGCAUCCUUAUCUUGCUCCUAAUUUCUGCCAUGCCGAGACGCUUGUUAUCUAUGCUCCUGCUGGUGCGAUGAUUGCUGGUGUCGAGAUACCUAUGGACGGAACGCAUAUUGCAUCGGCAGUACUAGGGAUGGUCCCUACUUCAAGAGGACGUAUUACACUGGCGUCUACGGACCCAAUGGCUCCACCUCUGAUUGACCCGAACUAUUAUGCUACUGAAGUUGAUCGUGCCGUCCUUCGGGCCGGUAUUCGACAGGUGACAAAGCUCCUCUCCGAUACGCCUGAAGGCAAAGAGAUUGUUGAACGUGAGGCUUCGCGUCCUGGGUUUAACCCGCUUCGGCCUGACUCCACAGAUGAAGAGAUCGAUGCUCAGGUUAAGCAAGGAGGAAAUACAUUUUAUCAUCCAGCCGGGUCAGCAAGCAUGGGAAAGGUUGUGGAUACUACACUCCGUGUGAAAAGUGUUGAAGGUCUCAGGGUUGUCGAUGCCAGUGUUAUACCUUUACCAUUAACAGCACACUACCAGGCAAUUGUUUAUGCGAUUGCAGAGAAGGCAGCAGAUCUUAUUUUAAGCUAA